UUUCUUUUUCGGCAUUCCGACAUCGGCGCGUUUGCCGAACGGUGGUGUGUAACCGAAACGAAACUCGCACGCCUCGGCGGUGAGUGUUGUUAGGGUGCGAAACAUGAAGCUGCUACUUGUCGCUUUCGCGAUCGCCAUCUUCGGAGCCUCUGUGCCGUCGUCAUGCUUCGUCUUCACUCCCAAGUUGAUGAAACAGUUCACCUAUGGAGGCCAAAACGGCAAGCAAGGAAUGGACGAAUUGAACAAGCUGUUGAGCGGAAUGGGAGGAAUGCGACGAGGCGGAAGAAUUGGCGGAGGCGGCGGUGGAGGUCCUGACGAGCCGUUGGACUUCGAGGGCGUCUUCACGCGGUCCAUGAGGAAGCUGCAACGACAGGUGCUCAGGAAUACAAACCGCUACAGACGCAUGCACGGCGUUCACACGUUGGCGGAGGAUGAGCAGCUGAAUCGAUACGCGCAAGCCUGGGCCUUAAAGAUGGCGCAGAUGGACCGCAUGCAACACAGGACCAGGCCACUACACGGAGAAAACCUGUACAUGUGGUGGAGCAGCGACCUGCGCGCUCCAAUCACGGGACGCAUGGCCGUCAAGGCCUGGUACGACGAGAUCAAAAUGUACGACUACAACAACCCGGGCUUCAGUUCCGGCACGGGCCACUUCACGCAGCUCGUGUGGAAAGACUGUCGACGAAUAGGCACGGGCGUGGCUCGCGGCAGGAAGGGAACCAUUUACAUCGUAUCAGUCUACGAGCCACGAGGAAACAUCAUAGGUCAGUUUGCGGAACAAGUUCCGCCACUCAUUUCUGGAGGCGGAAGUGGAGGCGGUGACGGAAGUGGCAGUGGUGGUCACAAGAAAAAGCGGCGCCAUAGAAAGCGCAACGAAGACGAGGAAGACGAUGAGUGAACGAUGCGCUUGGGAUGCGAUGCCACAGGGACGUAUUUGAUGCGGUUUGUAAUUUUAUUGAAACCAGUAAACGUAUUCCACAUAAAAUCUCUACACUAAUAAA